GCGCCCGAGGGCGGGAGGUGGCCAUGCGCAGGCGCCGCUAGCGGAGCGGGCUGGGCUGGGCCGACCCGACCCGGCAGGUGACCUUAGGGAAAUAAACGCGUGAUAAGGUGAUUCGGCUGCGAUUAUCGGAAAGGUCGGAACGCGUCAGGCGUGCUAAACAUGGAGGAGGAUGAAGAGGAAGACUACAUGUCUGAUUCAUUUCUUAAACAGGAUGUAAGGCCAGGCUUGCCCAUGGUGAGGCGAGUGAAGGAAGCUAUUCAGAAAGAAGAAAAGCAAAAAGAAGCCAAUGAGAAGAACAGGCAAAAGAGUAUAAAAGAAGAAGAAAAAGAAAGACGUGACUUGGUAUUGAAAAGUGCAUUGGGCAACGAGAACAAAGGCUUUGCUUUGCUUCAGAAGAUGGGCUACAAGAGUGGCCAGGCCCUUGGCAAAAGUGGAGAAGGCAUUGUUGAACCUAUUCCUCUGAACAUAAAAACAGGCAGAAGUGGGCUUGGUCACGAGGAAUUAAAAAAGCGAAAAGCUGAAGAAAAACUGGAAAACUAUAGACAAAAACUCCACAUGAAAAAACAAGCAAAUGAACAAGCUGCAGAUCAGUUCCGAAUAAGAUUGAAAACCAAACAAGAAGAACGUAAGAUGGAAGGAGACCUCCGAAAAAGCCAGAGGGCCUGCCAGCAAUUAGACCUGCAAAAAGAUAUUGAUGUUCCCAAGGAGACUUGGUAUUGGCUAGGACCUGAAGAGGAAGACAAAAAAGAUGAGGAAGACAAGGAAGAUGAAUGCACAAGCUCAGACUUAAGUGUAUCAGAAAAGCUCCACAUCCUGACUGCCUAUUUGAGAGACAAACACUUCUACUGCAUUUGGUGUGGAACAACCUAUGAAGGCUCUGAAGAUUUAGCUUCCAGCUGCCCUGGAGACAGCGCUGCAGAUCAUGAGUAAAGGUUUUCUAAACGAAGCGGUCCUAGAUAAGUAUGUGUGGUUCAUGAUAUCUUUUAGAAGGUUUGGAGCUGUGCCAUACUGAAGAAUUCAAAUCAAAGCAUGCAAAAGUGUAGUUCUGCUCAUAGAAUCAUAGAAUGGUUUGGGUUGGAAGUGACCUUAAGGAUCAUGUAGUUCCAACACCCCUCCUGUGGGCAGGGACACCUCCCACUAGACCAGCUUGCUCAAAGGCCCACCCAGCCUGACCCUGAAGUUAUGCAGGGUUGAGGCAACCACAGCUUUUCUGGCCAACCUGUUCCAGUGUCUUACCACCCUCACACUAAACAGUUUUUAACCUAAUGUCUAACUUGAAUCUACCCUCUUCCAGUUUAAAGCCAUUACUCCUUGUCCUAUCACUACACCCCCUUCUGAAAAGUCCCUCCCCAGCUUUCCUGUAAGCCCCCUUCAGGUACUGGAAGGCUGCUAGAAGGUCUCUGCUGAGAGUGAAUUCACAUUUCUGAAGCAUUUUACAGAUUUCCUGCUUAAUGCACAAUUUGUUAGGAAUUAAAACUUGGCAUUUAUAAUGAACUACCAUAACUGAGAGGCAGUUUAAGUAUUCCUCAGUCUUUGGUUAUGUCCUGCCCAGCGGAACACGAUCAGCUAAUAAUAAAAUUCAAGUCUGAGUAA